AUUUAAACAUUAACAAUGAAAGGAUUAUUACUACUUAAUGUUAUUUUGGGGACAAACUGCUUACUAGAAAAUUGAUCUUGGCCACACCUUGGCAUUACUGGUUUGGAGAAUUAUUUCCCUAUCCUUUUCUGAAACCUAUUCAACAUAGAAUCAAACAAUAGCAACUCUGGCAAGAAUCCUCCUACAUACACAAUGAAAAAAACAUUUCUGAGCUCUGUAAGUGAUAACACAAGCAUCACACUUUUUCCAGCAACCGAAAGGCCAGAGGUAGUUUGACUAAAGCUUGCAGGACUUUAUAAUGGCUUUAGUAUUUAGAACUGUGGCACAAUUGGCUGGAAUUUCAUUAUCUUUGCUGGGAUGGGUUUUAUCCUGUCUUACAAACUACCUGCCACAUUGGAAAAACCUCAACCUGGACUUAAAUUUAAUGGAAAACUGGACCAUGGGACUCUGGCAAACCUGUGUCAUCCAAGAAGAAGGUGGGAUGCAAUGCAAGGACUUUGAUUCUUUCUUGGCUCUGCCUGCCGAGCUCAGGAUCUCCAGGAUUUUAAUGUUUUUGUCAAAUGGGCUGGGAUUUCUGGGCCUGUUGGUCUCCGGGUUUGGGCUGGACUGCUUGAGAAUUGGAGAGAGACAGCACGAACUCAAGAAACGACUGUUAAUCCUGGGAGGAACUCUCCUCUGGACAGCAGGCAUCGCAGCCCUUGUUCCGGUCUCCUGGGUGGCCUACAUGACAGUCCAGGAGUUCUGGGAUGAGACCAUCCCAGAGAUCGUGCCCAGGUGGGAGUUUGGGGAUGCGCUCUUCAUCGGCUGGUUUGCUGGUUUUUUUCUCCUCCUAGGAGGAUGUCUGCUGAACUGUGUGGCCUGCUCCUCCCAAGCUCCCAUAGCUUCUGGCCACUACGCAGUGGCAGAAAGGCAGUAUCUCCGUCAACACCUGGAGAUGAAAAACACCCACCUGGAAAUCUAAGCCAGAUGAGAUCAGUGGUGUCCACUCCUCAGGAAAUGCUCACUCAACCUGGAUUUGGUAGGAUUUCCUACUGUAUAGUCACCCAGCCAUUAUGCUUAAAUGAUUUUCUAAAAUGCAUCCUCCCUGUGGCUAUUAAUUUCUUAAACUGUGAUUUCUUUCUAAGACGAUAAACCACUUUUAUCUUCUAGUCUGAGACCAAAACCAAUCAAGGCUUAAUAGUAAUUUUACUCAUUACUGAUGAGUUUUCUCAGUUUUAAAAUAGAUUUAGUGAUUGUACAGAACUAGUAAAUAAAACAUUCUAUUAGUACUUCUGUUAUCUUUGAAGGUGUUAUUCAUAGAGAUGAAUAUUGUGGGAAUUGGAAAUGUUACUGCUAAUCAUUUACUUCUUUCAAGUGUUUCAGAUCACCUAUUAUAUGAAACUAUAGUCUCGCUGCAUAUUUAUUUAAAAUGUACAACAUCUGAUUAUACUGAAAAAAUUGCUGGCUCUUUGAAAGCUGGAGAGGUGACAUGUGGGACACAUCAUCUUAUUAAUCAGAGACCUCAAGGCCUCUAUGGAGCCUUUCUCACAAGUCAUCCACAUUCAUUCAAGCCUUAUUUACCAUGUCAGAAGCAGAGGAGGGCAGUUUUCUGUUUUGGAGGAUUCACAUGAAAUC